UAUGUGAUACCACUGUAAUCAAUAUUUUACAUUUAUCAAUAUUUAGGAUUUACACAUCAGGGUUUUAAUAUUAAACAAAGUUAAGAAUAUGAAAAAGCACAUUUUAGUACAAUAAGAUCUGUGUACAGUAUUUUAAACUGUAACAUGCUUGGAACUUAUUAUCUUGUGGGAUUGGCUUAAUAGUUAAGAAGGGUGCCAUUAAAUUGGAUGAAUGGGAUGAGCCCAAGGGCCCCGAGUAACUGCAGGACAAAAGGAUCUGACACAUGAGGACUUUACCUGAUCCAUUACCUAGCAGAGGACCCAUAAUUCUUACUUGAGGUAGUAUGUCACAUUGCGAUACUGUCGGGAUAUCUAGCUAACUAAUUGGUUCAUGUGGGAUUUUCCUGGUAGCUGGAUCUGAGCACCUUGACGGGUUUUUUUUCCAGUUCCCGUCUCAGCAAAGAGAGAUCAUGGAUCUACUAGCUGCGUCUUCAACAACAUUCCCCUCGAGCAUCCCAUUAAACAGAAUUUUCUUGUGCGUAAAAGCGCCUUGUUUCUCUUGAGCAGCAUUCUCAGUAGUGUUGAGCUCAGCGGAAUACCUCAGUGGAGUGUUAGUUUGACUCCGUCCCUGGGUGAGGGUCAUUGAAAGCAGGCCGUUGGAAAUUAGCGCUAAUCCCGGAGUUAGAGGAGACAGGAGCACACGAGUCUCGCGGUUAGUUCCCGAGCUCUCACGCGCACGUAUCACAGAACACUGACGAAUGGAAGCUAAAGGAUGCUGGACAGAAAUAUCUUUUAUGGAGUGAUGGGCAGCACCAGCUGAGAUAUUGAAGGACUGUGUUGAUAGGACGCCCGACUGGUUAACGAGCCCCGUGUCCGCUCCUACUUUCGUUGAGCAGAAGAAACCAUGUUACAGGACAUGUAUGUUUUCGGAUCCAUUUUAAUUCAAUUUGGUAGGACAAAAAUGUCAUGGUGUUUCUAAAAAACAACUUUUGAACAGGACUGGACUGUAAAUACUGAGUCCAAUCUGGCAACCCAAUCUCCUCGUGCCCAUUGAACGCUGCGCCGUGUGUGCUUGGCAAUCAUCGAAUGAAGUGUGGAGACAGUAGUAUGGGAUAGCAAUGUUGUCCAGGGAAGGUAUAAUUCCUGACGAUUAUGUCCUGACCCGGUUGGCGGAGGACCUGCUGCAACCCAGAUUCAAGUCGAAACAGAGGAACUCGCGCUUUGUUUCCAAGAACGGCACGUGUAAUGUAGCGCACACGAACAUCCGCGAACAGGGCCGCUUUCUGCAGGACGUGUUCACCACGCUGGUGGACCUAAAAUGGCUUUAUACGCUGAUUAUCUUUACCAUGUCUUUCCUGUGCAGUUGGUUCCUGUUUGGCAUGAUCUGGUGGCUCAUUGCUUUCGCGCACGGCGACCUGGACACGAACGCGGACGGAUUUGUGCCAUGCGUCACCGAAAUACACUCAUUCUCCUCAGCCUUUUUGUUCUCCAUCGAAGUUCAAGUGACAAUAGGUUUCGGAGGGCGCAUGAUUACGGAAGAGUGCGUGUCCGCUGUUAUAGUUCUGAUCAUACAGAACAUUGUGGGUCUGGUGAUAAACGCGAUCAUGCUGGGUUGCAUCUUUAUGAAAACGGCGCAAGCGCGCCGCCGCGCUGAGACUCUGAUCUUCAGCAAGCAUGCGGUGAUCUCGCUGAGGAACAGCAAGCUGUGCUUCAUGGUGCGCAUCGGAGACCUGCGCAAGAGCAUGAUCAUCAGUGCUACAGUGCGCAUGCAGUUGGUGCGCCGCAGAACCACGGAGGAGGGUGAAGUGAUUCCGCUGGAGCAGAUCGACAUCCUGACAGACAACCCGGUAGGCGGAAGCAGCAUCUUCCUCGUGUCACCGCUCAUCAUCAGCCACGUGAUUGACAAGAGCAGCCCCAUGUACGAGCUGUCAGCUGAGGACUUGCAGCGCGAAAACAUCGAGGUGGUCGUCGUGUUGGAGGGCGUGGUGGAGACCACCGGCAUCACCACACAGGCGCGCACAUCCUACGUCUCAGAGGAGAUCCUGUGGGGCCAGCGCUUCGUGCCCACUGUGUCCGAGGACGACGGCAUAUACGCCGUGGAUUACUCCAAGUUCGGCAACACGGUGAGGGUACCCACGCCGACCUGCAGUGCCCGGAAGUUGGACGAGGAUGAGGGCGUGGUUUGGUUUAAAUCGCGAGACCUCACAUCCGCCAGAGCUUCUUUGCGCAGGCGAGUAAAGCGGCAAGCGACCCAUCACGAUGAGUGAACCUAAUUCUCGCUGGAAGAUCAUACUGAUAGGGCUCCUACUUGCAAUUCUUUUCUUUUUUUAUCCUAGAUUAAUUCGGCUUGAGACUGAUUUCAUAUUUUCGUUAACAUUGGGAUUUUGUAUUGGCUUUUAAUUCUAUACAAAUUAUGCAGAAAUGGAGUUAGGCAAUAAGUGACAGACUGUGUAAAAGCAUUACGACAUACUAUACGUGUCAGUAAAUGAUUAUAUACAUGCACGAUUGCAUGGUAUUUUUCUCAGGGGUUUCAAUGUUCACAUAAUAGUAUGCUAUAGAUAAAUGCCCCCCCCCAUACUGGCCUUGACAUGCAAAUAAACUGGAUUGUUUUCAUGACCUCUACUGCUCCUGUCCAUUUUUACACAUCACAGUGAAGGACAUUGGAAUGUGUACUGCAGUACAUGCUACAGCUACAGCACUGUCAGUCCAGAUGCAGAUCAGUAAACUCCAGCAGCAGUGACAAAACCUCUAAUACCAUUAAUCAACCAUUUAUUUAAAACAGCCUUAAAAGCUUUUUCUAAGCUUAUCUAAGCUGGGUAGAGUGUGCUUUCUACAUUCUGUUCCAUGUUGAAAUUUAUGGCAUUUUUAUAUUCUAGCAUACCCUAUUAAUAUAAAUUAUAAGCAUCUGGAACAUGUCUGUCUGCAUACAAAUUUUUGAAAACAGCAAGCCAAAUCCUUUUAUAAACCCUGCACCACGAUGUAACAUUUAAUGGUUAAAGAAUUAUACAU